AAUUUCAGGAUGCCCAACAAACAAUCAGCAGAACGCAUCUUCACGUUGUUUUUAUUAUUUUUUAUAUUUGAAAAUAACGGCCAACAUUUCAGUAAGAAAGAAAUGGCUCCAAAAGUUGAACGAAUUGAAGCAGUGGAACCGACGGAAUUAGGUGAGGGACCUCACUGGGAUGAAGAGACACAGAGCUUGUAUUUUGUUGAUAUUUUCGGAAAAUCCAUCCAUAAAUAUGUACCCUCAACGAACAAGCACACCAGUGCAGUUAUUGACGGCGACGCCGUGUCUUUGAUAAUUCCAGUAAAAGGCGAGAAAGACAAAUUCCUGAUAAGCAUCGGUAGAGAAUUAGCUAUAGUGACCUGGAAUGGAGAAAGCGAAAAAGUUUCUGAAACUAAGAAAAUAUACGAAGUUGAUGAUAGGCCCGAAAUUAGCGAUAACAGAUUCAAUGAUGGAAAGUGUGAUCCUUCUGGAAGAUUGUGGGCAGGAACCAUGGGCGGAGAACCAGUUAACGGUCAAGUGAAAUUAGAAAAAGGGUCUCUAUUUUCCUUUCGAAAUAAUAAAAUCACCACUCACCUCACCAAAAUUGGAAUCAGUAACGGUUUGGCUUGGAACGAAAAUUUAAAGAAAAUGUAUUACAUCGACACCAUCGCAGGCAGUGUAAACGAAUACGAUUUUGAUAUAGAAAACGGCACAAUAGCUAAUGGAAAACCAAUAUUCACUUUAGCUAAGAACGGUAUUGUGGGAGGUGCCGAUGGUAUGGCCAUCGAUACAGACGGAAACCUCUGGGUGGCCGUUUUCAAUGGGUACAGGGUGAUCAAAAUCGACCCGAGAAAAGCAGAUACUUUAUUGGAUAGCAUCCAAAUUCCGUCCAAACAGGUUACAUCUGUUGCUUUUGGAGGGCCUAAUUUGGAUGAACUUUACGUGACCUCUGCCAAAUUCACCAUCGAUGGAGAGGAACUACCGCCACCAGAACAUGGCGGAACAUACAGGGUGACUGGAAUAAAUGCUAAGGGUUAUCCGGGUGUGAGAGUGGUACUAUGAAAACACUUCGAUUAAUGUAAUUAGGAAUGAAUUGAAUAAAAGGAAGUUAAUAUUUUUU